GAAUCAUAGCGAUACAUUAAGUUGACGGGCAAUUGGGGUGCGAGAGGUCCCGAGUUCAAUUCUUGGAAUGCCCCCGAGAGCAGGCUAUGAAAGUUGAAUGGAGAGAAAGUUUUCUACGCAUUGCAAUUGCGUUUGCUUCUUGCAGUUGGAAGCGUCUCACGUUCUGUGCAAGUUUCUUAGUUCUCUCAAAAACAAAUGCAGCAAAUCGAGGUAAAUGGUAAACUGGGGAAUCUGGUGGAAGCAAGGCGGAUCUUUGAUGGCCUGGCACGAAAGGACUGCUUCAGCUGGUCGAUGCUUCUCUGUGCCUACUCCAGAAACGGCCGUCUGACCGAAGCCAAGAUGGUGUUUGACGCGAUGCCCGAGAGAGAUCAAGCAUGCUGGAACGCAAUGGUUUCUGCAUAUGCCCGCAAUGGGCAUUUACAGGAGGCCGAAGAUCUCUUUUUCCAAAUGCCUAGAACUAACAUUGUGUCCUGGAAUAUGAUGCUUACUACCUACGCACAGCGGUUUUUGAUGAGAAAAGCACAAAAUUUGUUUGAUAGAAUGCCGAUGAGGGAUGGUGUCUCUUGGAGCACCAUGGUUUCGGCACUUGCCCAAAACGGGCAUCUUGAAGAUGCACAAGUUCUACUUGAUCAGAUGCCUUGUCUCGUUCUCGCGGCCGUAAAUCCUUUAGUAACAGCGUAUGCCGCGCAGGGAAAUCUCCGAGAAUCUAAGCGGAUUUUUGACGACAUGCCGAUGCGGAACCUUGUUACUUGGAAUGCAAUGCUCUCUGCACAUGCCCAAUCCGGGCAUCUCUCUGAUGCCGUUCUUGUGUUUGAGAAUAUGCCGGAGCGUGACAUGAUAGCAUGGAACACUGUGAUCGCGUCGUACGCUCAAAAUGGACGUCUCAGAGAAGCAACACGUGUUUUCCUUUCUUUAGAUUCGAGGAAUCUUGUGACAUGGAACACGAUGCUGACGGCAUAUGCCCAGAAUGGGUAUCUGUCACAAGGGGAGCGCGUCUUUGCCGCGAUGCCACAAAGGGAUCUGGUAUCUUGGAACUGCAUGCUGUCGGCAUAUUCCCAGGUCGGGAAUAUUCCAGCUGUGAGAAAAACGUUUGAUGAGAUGCCCGUGGCAGACAUAGUGUCGUGGAACGCUCUGAUUGCAGCCUAUAUUGGGGUAGGGAAUCUCGAGCAAGUGAGGGUGAUAUUCGACGCCAUGCCCGAGAGGGACAUCGUCGCCUACACUGCUCUCGUCUGCGCGCUAGCCCAGAGAGGAGAUUUGGGAGUAGCAACGCUGCUCAUGGACGAGAUGCCACAGCAAAGUCUCAUUUGCUCCACGGCGAUGCUGGUUGCAAUUGCCCAGAGCGGUGAUCUUUCUUCGGCAAAAGCGCGCUUUGAUUCAUUGCCGGAAAGGGACUUGGUUGUGUGGAACGCAAUAGAGUCGGCAUAUGCCCAAGCCGGGCAUAUCGAGGCUGCCGUGCACUCGUUUGAUUCCAUGCCCGUCAAGGACGCCGUGUCGUACAACAUCUUACUCUCCGGGUAUGCUCAAGCCGGGCAUAUGGAGGAAUCCAAGCGAAUCUUUGACACCAUGCCUCAGCAUAUCCUUUCUUCGUGGAACUCCCUCUUAACAGCAUAUGCCCAAAACGGGUAUUUUGCCGAGGCGAAGCAUACUUUUGAUACCAUGCUUUCGAGAAAUUCAGUAACGUGGAAUGGGAUGAUCUCGGUUUUAUCACAAAAUGGUCUUUUGGAUCAGGCAAAGAAACUCCUUUACCAUUCUCCGCAUCGCGAUAUAAUCUCCUGGAGCUCGCUGCUAACCGGCUAUGCUCAAAACGGGCAUACCACUGAGGCUUUCGAGAUCUUCGCAAGCAUGGCAAUGGAAAGCGUCGAGUUUGACGAAGGGAGCUUCGUUGCUAUGUUGGUAGCUUGCAUUCACGCCGGAAAAACUUACGCUGGUCGAUCGAGCUUCGUCUCCAUGAGCUUCGACUUUGGAAUGGAGCCGAGAAAGCAGCACUACUGCUGCAUGGUGAAUCUCCUGGGGCGAGCCGGCUACCUUGACAGCGCUGGAGAUCUCAUGGAAAACAUGCCGUUCGUCCCGAAUACUUUCGAGUGGAAGUGCUUCCUGGGAGCUUGCCGGACCCACAGCGAUCUCGAGUUUGGAGCUGGAGCGUCGCAAACACUCCUCGAUUUGGAACCGUCCGGUGGAGCUGCUUGUGUCUGGCUUGCCACCAUUUACUCUUCCUCCUCAUCGUCUUCACACUGUAAAUUUUUUCCGAAUCCUCCUGCCAGUAGCUAUAGUUCCACCGUCAAGAACUUAGCAACUCGAGUGUACUCCGAGCACCGCUCCCAUCGCCAUGGCAUCCGGCUUGAACGGCAUCCUCGCGAGCAGAUCUUCCGCCACUUUCACCUGUCCCGACCUCCCGGCAGCGUCGAUCAAGCAGCAGUAGUGCUCCCUCGACGGAAAGAUCUCGUGGUCGCUCGCCAUGAGCCGGAAGUACUGGAGACCUUCGUGGAGCAGACCGACAUGACUGCAAGCGUUGAAGACGCAGGAGAAGGAGAUCGAGUUUGGCUUGAUCCCAUCCAGUUCCAUCCCCCGGAAGAUCUCAAACGCCACCUCGCCGUGACCACACCCGGAGAACGCAGCCACCAUCGUAUUCCACGAUAUCAAGUCUCGAGCCGGCAUCGUCUCGAAUGUUUUCAUGGCCCGAAGAAGCUGCCCGUUCUGCGCGCUCGCGGCCAUCAUCACGUUCCACGACACCAUGUUUCUCUCCGGGAUGGUGUAGAACAUCGCCUCUGCGUGCUGGUAAUGGAAGUUUUGGACGUAGGCCUCGAGCAUGGUUGUCCAGGAGAUGACGUCCUGUUCUGGCAUUGCAAAGAACAGCCUCUCGGCCCCUUCCAGAUCCCAGCACUGAGCAUGCACCGCUAUCAUCUUGUUCCAGCACACCACGUCCCUCUCUGGCAUUCGAUCAAAGAUGCUCUUUGCGGCCUCCAAGUUCCCGUUCUCGGAGUAGCCGUGGAUCAUCGACGUGAAAGUGAGCAAGUCAUACUCCGGCAUCCUGUCAAAGAGAACUUUAGCCUCCGAGAGAAUGUUACUCUUCACAUACCCCUGGACAAUCGCGUUCCAAGUCGCGAUAGUCCACUGAGGCAUGCAGCCAAGCAAAGAUCUCGCCUCCUUGAGCUCGUCGUUCUCGAUGUAAGCUUGCAUCAUGGUGUUCCACGAAACAACGUUGCGUUCCGGCAUCCUGUCGAAGAGAGCCUUCGCUGCCUCAAGAUACCCGUUCUGAGCAUAGGCCGCGACGAUGGCAGUCCAAGAAACAACGUUGCGAACCGGCAUAGUAUCAAACAGCACCCUGGCCUCGUCCACAAGCCCGUGCUGGGCAUAUGCAGUCAGCAUAGCAGUCGAGCAAACCACGUCCUGUUCCGGCAUAGCAUUGGAGAUGGACUUGGCUUCCUUGAUAUACCCAUUCUGGGCGUAAGCCGCCACCAUCAUGCUCCAGGAGAAACGAUUCGGCCGCUCGAUGGCGUCGAACACCCGGCGAGCAUCUUCCAGGCUGCCACACUUUCCAUACAUCUCGAUGAGGAGAUUGGCGAGAUAUCUGUUCCGUGCUUUCGAUCGCUCAGCGAAAGCACCGUGAAUAGCUUGCAUCAAGGCAAGGUAUUCGUGAAAGCACCUGCUCGCUUUCACAGCGGCAUUGCCAACAACAAUGGCCGCAUCCUCGCACUCGAACCGGCCAAGUCUACUCAAGGACAUCCCAAGCGGCUUGCUGCCACCCCAAUCGUUGGCCACAUACUGCCGCAGCUCCCUGAAAGUUCUCAAGAGAUCCCUGCCACCUUUACCAGGCUCCGCCACCGCGUGACUGUUCCCAUUCCCAGUAGCACCACUCUCAUCACCAUCAAACAUCACCGACGAAACAUCCGAGGAGACUUGCAUUGGAUUCCUCCCUGGAGACGAGAGGAACUGCCGCAACUCCACGCUGUUCCUCAGCACUGGAUGCGCCGCGAGACGAUGGAAGUAUCUCUCGAGCUCGUGGACGCGAUUGCUCACAAAGUCCUGCGUCUGGACGAGCUGGACGUUCUUGUCCGGCCUGGGAGGGAUGAAGUAGCCUUUGUAGAUCUCUCCCAGCUGGUCCGCCAGCGCCACCACCUCGCGGAACCUCCUCCGGACGCUAAAGCUCGUGCCAAGAAACUCCGGAAGAUCGGUGUAGGUCGUGAAGAGAUACGCCACGAAAGUCCCGCCACUGCUGCCGUGAUCCUGCGUCUUCUGUGGAUCCGAGACGCUAAUCCGGAGAUAGUUCUUCUCCACUGCCCUCCCGGAUUCCUCCGGCUGCCUGGCGGCGUAUGGAGCGAACACCACAUCGGCGUAGCUCGGAGGCUCGAUCAGGAGCUCGGGCCUCCCGGAUGGACUCCGAAAGCUCCUGGACGAUUCUUUCCGUGGAAUUUCCUAGCUGAGAAGAGAGAGCGCCUCACCUGGAUGGAGCAAGAAGAGCUAUGGCCAACCCCUAACCCUAGAGAAAAAUCCAUGAGGCAUUUGCCUUUAGUAAAAAAGAAACCAUCGCUGCUAUUUACAAAGAAGGUCUGGAAGAGAUUUUGGGGCAGCGCCGCGCAAGAAUGCGACGAUGGAGACCUCGAUCUGGACGCGAUGCCGCUGGAAUCCGCCAUCGCAUCGCUCGAAUCGCAGCGCUUCUCUCCCCAAUCGCAGGAUUUCAAGGCGCUGCUCCGGCGCUGUACGUGGUCGCGCUCGCUGGAGCUCGGCCGGCGCCUCCACCGCCAGAUGGAGGAGCUCGGCUGGAUCCGCAACAGGUUCCUGUGCAAUCUCCUCAUCGAUCUCUACACCAAGUGCGAUCGAUUCGACGACGCGCUGGCGGUGUUCCACGGCAUCCAGAGCAAGAACGUCUUUAGCUGGACGAUGAUGCUCGCGGCGUUCGCCGAGAAUCGGGAUUUCGAUCGCUGCUGGCUCUUCUUCCGCGGGAUGCUGCUCCAGGGGAUCAAUCCCGGCGAGGUAGGGAUCAGCAUCUUCCUCUCGGCGUGCACGGACGCCCGCGAGAUUACGAUCGGUCGCUCCAUCCAGCUCGCGAUCCUAGGCACUGGCAUCGAGGAGGAGUCGAUCGUCCAGACGGCGCUGGUGAGCCUGUACGGCAAGCUUGGCCACUGUACGGAUGCGGCCAGCGUGUUCUUGAGGAUGAGCCACAGGGACGUGGUGGCUUGGAGCGCCAUGGUCGCGGCAUAUGCCCGGAAUGGGCAUCCUAGAGAGGCACUGGGUUUGUUUCGCCAGAUGGAUCUCGAUGGAGUGGCUCCAAACAAAGUGACGCUGGUGAGCGGGCUGGAUGCCUGUGCGUCGUUGGGCGAUUUGAGGAGUGGCGCUUUGAUGCAUCAGCGAGUAGAAGCACAAGGGAUCCAAUCCGGAGUGGUGGUCGGGACUGCGCUGGUGAAUUUGUAUGGGAAGUGUGGCAGGAUCGAGGCUGCUGCGGAGGCGUUUGGACAGAUUGUUGAGAAGAAUGUGGUGGCGUGGUCUGCUAUCUCGGCAGCGUAUGCCCGCAACGAUCGUAACAGGGACGCGAUCCGGGUGCUUCACAGGAUGGACUUGGAGGGGCUGGCACCAAAUUCUACGACGUUUGUGAGCGUCCUGGAUGCUUGUGCUGCGAUCGCGGCUCUAAAGCAAGGAAGAAGGAUUCACGAGAGGAUACAUGUGCUGGGAGGCGGAUUGGAAUCGGAUGUUUACGUUCUUACUGCGCUCGUCAACAUGUAUAGCAAGUGUGGGAACUUGGCUCUAGCGGGGAACAUGUUUGACAAGAUCGCUCACUUGGAUCUCGUGCUGUGGAACUCGCUCAUCGCGACGAAUGCCCAGCACGGGCAAACCGAGAAGGCACUGGAGCUGUUUGAGAGAAUGCGGCUAGAGGGCCUCCAGCCGACAAUCAUCACUUUCACGAGCGUGCUCUUCGCUUGCAGCCACGCCGGAAUGCUAGAUCAAGGCAGGAAGCACUUCGUUUCCUUCAUUGGCGACCACGGGAUUUUUCCCGAAGCCGAGCACUUUGGCUGCAUGGUGGAUCUUCUCGGUCGAGCAGGCUGGAUCGUAGACUCGGAGGAUCUGCUGCUCCAUAUGCCGUUUGAGCCACAUCCCGUGGCAUGGAUGGCGUUCUUGGGAGCUUGCAGAACUUACCGGAAUAUGGACGGAGCAAUCUGGGCUGCCGAGAACUUGUUUCAGCUGGAUCCAAGGAAACGAGCUCCGUACGUGCUUCUCUCCAACAUGUACGCGAAGGCUGGAAGAUGGUCCGACGUUGCAAGGAUGAGGCAAGCAAUGCAGCUCUUCAUGACCGUGAAAGAAGCAGGGAGGAGCUGGAUCGAAGUGAAAGACCGGGUGCACGAGUUUAUCUCGGGGGACUUGGAUCAUCCUCGGAUAGGCGAGAUACACGCCGAGCUCCAGCGACUGACAAAGCUGAUGAAAGCGGCCGGUUACGUCCCCGACACCGAGAUGGUCCUCCACGACGUGAAACAGGAGGUGAAAGAGACCAUGGUCGGGUAUCACAGCGAGAAGCUGGCGAUGGCGUUUGCUCUCCUCACCACCCCUGAAGGCUCACCGAUUCGCGUGGUGAAAAACCUGCGAGUGUGCAACGACUGCCACACUGCCUCGAAGUUCAUCUCCAAGCUUGUCAACCGGGAGAUCGUGGUGAGGGACUGCAACAGGUUUCAUAGGUUCCAGAAUGGAGCGUGUUCUUGCGGAGACUACUGGUGAUCAACCGGAGAGCUAUCACAGCUUAGGACAUUGGAGAGCAAGGAAUACGUUGCCGGCCUCCGAGAGCUCAGCUGGAGCAGUAUCUCCGCGACUCGGCUGCCUCUU